AUGCUGCUGCCUGUGUCUGGCUGGUCCGUCCUGGACGACACGGUGCAGUGCUCCCCAGCCCAGCCCCCCAGCUCCCCAGCCAGCCUCCCAGCCCAGUCUCCCAGCUCCCCAGCCCAGCCUCCCAGCUCCCCAGCCCAGUCUCCCAGCCCAGUCUCCCAGCUCCCCAGCCCCCCAUCUCCCCAGCCCAGCCUCCCAGCUCCCCAGCCCAGCCUCCCAGCCCCCCAGCCCAGCUCCCAGCCCCCAGCCCAGCCGCCCAGGCCCCCAGCCCACAGCUUCCCAGCCCCCAGCCUCCAAGCCCCCAGCCUAGCAGUCCAGCCCAGCAUCCCAGCCCCCAGCCUAGCAGUCCAGCCCAGCAUCCCAGCCCCCAGCCUAGCAGUCCAGCCCAGCAUCCCAGCCCCCAGCCUAGCAGUCCAGCCCAGCAUCCCAGCCCCCAGCAUAGCAGUCCAGCCCAGCCCCCCAGUCCAGCCCAGGGCCCCAGUCCAGCCCAGCCUACAAGCCGCCACCAGCAAGUCACAAUAA